GCGUUCUUUUACUCGGCCUGUUUACAAAAUGGCGGCCCUAUCGUUCCUUAUAAAACAUUGAACAUGCCACACAAAAGCCUUACAUUUAAGAAUAUCGACUACAAAAGCCACUAAAGAGGUCUCCUAAAGGAGUAUUUUCUCAAAAUGGCAGAAAUUUUUCGAUCGGCGCUGAGUUACAUCAGCCAGACAGGAAAAUCAGACAAUGACUUCGUUGGGCAAUAUGUCGAACUUGGUCCCAUCCAACUGAAGAUCAAAAGAGUCAUCGCAGAAGGCGGUUAUGGGUUUGUAUUCGUUGCACAAGACGAGAAAACCGGCAAAGAUUACGCUUUGAAGAGAUUAAUGGCAGGAGACGAGGCCGGAAACAAAUCUAUAAUUGGAGAGAUUAAUGUACUUGAGGAGAACUAAUCAAAAUGAUGGCAGAGCGUAAUGGCCAACCCUUCCCUCCAAAUCAAGUACUUAAAAUAUUCUACCAACUGUGUAGAGCAGUUGCUCAUCUACAGAAACAAAAGCCUCUUAUUAUUCAUAGGGAUCUUAAGAUUGAAAAUAUGCUCAUCAGUUCGAAAGGACAAAUCAAGCUUUGUGAUUUUGGGAGUGCAACAACAGCGGCUCUUUACCCUGAUGAAUCGUGGACUGCACUACAGAGAAGCCUUGCUGAAGAUGAGAUUCAAAGGAACACUACGCCAAUGUACAGAGCACCAGAGAUGAUUGAUUUAUACAGUAACCACCCAGUGACAGAAAAGGCUGACAUAUGGGCCCUUGGUUGUAUUCUCUUUUACUUGUGCUUCAUGGAACACCCAUUUGAAGAUUCAGCAAAACUGAGGAUACUUAAUGCCAAGUAUACGAUACCAGAAACAGACAAGAUGUACACAGAAUUUCAUCAUCUUAUUGAAUCAAUGUUAAAAGUCCACCAAGAUGAAAGGCCAGAUAUUAAAAUGAUAUUAACAGAGCUAGAAGGAAUUGCUAAACAAUGGACUGUUGACUUGAAAGCACCAGUGAUUGAAGGUAGCAUGAAUUCUUCUUCAUUUGGAAUGGGGGAUUCCUCUAAUAGUAUUAGUAAUAAUAGUGGUCAAGGAGGCUCUGUGCUGCUAGGAGGUGUCAUGAAAGGAGCCAAUAGCUUGUUCACUAACAUCAAGGGGAUCUCAAACAAAGCGAUUCAAUCUGUAGCAGGAUAUGUAAAGAAUGACUUUGAUAUGUCCUACAUAACAUCAAGGAUCAUAGUAAUGUCUUUCCCUGCUGAGGGAAUCGAAUCAACAUACAAGAACAACAUUGAUGAUGUUAGAGAAUUCCUGGAAGGGAAAUACCCAGACAGAUACUUCGUGAUCAACAUCUCUCCUCGAAAGUAUAGGACGGAAAAACUAAGUACUAGAGUGUUACACGCUUGCUGGCCAACCAACCGACUUCCAUCUUUAGAAAGCAUGAUUUCACUUUGUAGAAAAAUCAACGCAUGGCUAAAGAAGGAUAGCAGCCGAGUUAUCGUUAUUCACUGUCAGGAUGGACGUGUAUCUUCAGCUGUUAUGGUGUCCGCAUUCUUUGUCUUCUGUAAGCUGUUCAAAAACCCCAACGUCGCUGCAGACAUGUUCAGCAUACGACGGUGUGGUAUUGGACAGAAAGUCUCUCUUACUCCCUCCCAAGAAAGGUAUCUUUUAUACGUGACCCAACUUAUCAAUAACCCUAGUAUCAAACCGCAGAAAUCAUCGUCAUACAUUAAAUCAGUGACUUUGAACCCUGUACCAUGUUUUAACAAGUCGAGAAAUGGUUGUCGACCUUUCAUAGAAGUCUAUCAGGGAGACCAAAGAGCACUAACUACUGUACAAGAAAUAGAAAAGAUGAGGGAAUUCACCUUGAGCGAUGGUAAGAUUACGUUCCCUAUCAACCUGACAUUGAUCGGUGACGUCACUAUCAUUGUCUACCACGGGCGGUCAACCCUUGGUGGUAAAGUACAGGGCAAGAUGGCGUCCAUUAGGGUGUUCCAAGUGCAGUUCCAUACUGGCUUUAUCAAUCCUAAUGCCACCAAACUGAAGUAUUCAAAAGCCGAGCUGGACAUCAAUAAAGAUGAUGAGUCUAAAUUCCCCAGUCGAUUCACAGUGACUCUUGAUGUUAGUAUCGAUACAGAUCGAGUAAGUCACACUACGCAUACAUGGGAUACUCUAAACCCGAGUAGACUCACGCCUGGAAUCUGCUUCUCGAGCAGAGAAGAAUUUCUGGAAUGCCAAGAAGAGUUUGUGAAUGCAGAUGAUCGUGAAUCUUCCAUGACCUUUGAUGCUGUACACGAAAAUCGCCCGAGCUCUCCCGAGCAAGACGUACAGGAAUCUAAAGAACCAGAGGCAAGCGUUGCUAAUGACAACCAAACUGUAACGUCAGCUUCAGAGGAGUCUAAAGACGAAGACAGUGAUGAUGAGUUCACGAAAGAGUUGCUAAAUUUACGUUUGAGUGAGCAAGAAAGUACAGAAAUCGCACAAGAAGCUUUGGAAGACGAGGGUUUUUUCACGGAUCGAGGAGGAAAAGAAUCCAGUGCGAAUGGCCAUCAUUUUGAACCAUUUGCAGCGUUCGCAGACUUCGACGCGAUUCAACAUAGUCCUCAAGCUGAUUUACUAGACGUUGGUCUUCACAAACCAAUGAAUACUUCAGAACCAAGUCAUAGUAUAACUGAAUCCUUGGACUUAUUAAACCUUGGUGUAGCCCAUAAACACGAUAGCCAUAAGCACAAGUCUGGCCCAGAGAGUGGGGUUGAUCUACUUAACCUGUUCACUAGCCCUAAACAGCAUCAUAAUGUAGAUCUUUUUGGCGAUAUUGACAAACAUAAGUCAGAUAUGAAGAGGAAUAGAAGUGCUGAUGAUAUUUUGAGGUCGCAUUCUCACGAAGAAGAUGAUUUUUUUAAACACCUUGGAGCUCGUAGUUCUGGCUCAAGCGUUGAGAAUCUAGCCUCCCCAGGGAGUACUAGUUCGGAUACUUUUGACCAAUUUGGAUUCAAAUCGAAUAUUCAUCAUUCACAUAGUGAAACGUUUGAUCCUUUCAGUAAUAAGAGAGACAGCAAAUCUCCUACGAGUCCAUUGGGUGGAUUUGCAUCACUUUCAAAAAGCACAGGGCUCCCGUCAAGUAACGCAAAUCACGUUACGUCAUCAGUUUCGAACACAGCCAAUCAAAACGCCCCUGAUUUGUUUGGAAAUAUGAAUAAGAAAGAUAACAAGAAAGACGCCGAGUUUACUUUGGAUGGGGAUUUAUUUUCCAUAAACAUUGAUUCCAAGCCUUCAAAUCAGACCGGGCCAGAUUUACUAGGAGAAUGGGGCGAGGCAUUUAAAUCAGAUGUCCCUCUAAACCCAGUCCCCUCUCCUAUGGCGACCCCACCUGUACAUCGAAAAGCUGAAGAGAAGAAUGAUGAGGGCAAGGCUGAUCCUUUUGCAGAUUUUGGGAACCUCUCAGGUCGUGGACCGGGGUCUGCGUUUACUGCGAACCAGAAAAUUGCCUCACCAAGCCAACAACGGAAAUCUUUCGGGGGAUCCUCAUGGAAUCAGCCCCAGGCCAAGCCAGCAGCUCGACCAACUAGUGACCCAAUCAGGAAGCCCCAGCAGCCUGCAAACCAAUCGAAAUCCAAGCCUAAUUAUUCUCCUGUGUUCGCGGCUGGGUCUGGAGGGUCUAGUGUGUUUGGAGAGUAUGGACUGAGAUCUUCACAUCUUCCUAAGCGUGUUGGCAAAGACGAAUUCAGCGACUUCCUAGACGUACAUGGCUUCAAAACGACUUCAGGAGACAAGAGCCCUGAGACGCUGAGGGGCUUGAAAAGAGAACAAAACAAACCAGACGACCCCAUCAAAGCAAAGAUAAGAGAAUGGUCUGAUGGUAAAGAGAGGAAUAUCCGUGCACUGCUCUGUUCACUCCACACUGUGCUUUGGGAAGGAGAAGAAAGAUGGCAGCCAGUUGGAAUGCACCAACUUGUACAACCAGAACAGGUUAAGAAAGUUUACCGAAGGGCCGUGCUGUCAGUUCAUCCUGAUAAGUUGACAGGACAUCCACACGAAAGCCUUGCUAGAGCAAUUUUCGUGGAACUGAACGAGUCAUGGGCGCUGUUCGAAAGUAGUGGCGCCAAAGCGUUGUAUUAAAACACAAUUGAAUCUAAAGCCCAGGCUUUGUAGACAUUUAUUGUCCAAAUUUGGAACCUCUAUUUAAGGAAAGACUCGCAUCGGAUCGGGGUCUUGAUUCAAAUUGUUAAUGGUUUGCAACCAAUGCCAAGAGAGUCGAGAGAGACAAAGACAUGGCAGCCAUUUUGGUGGUAUUAACAAAGAAAGCUAAUGAGAAUAUUUCCAAGAUGGCCACGGUGACGUCACGUGCAAUCAAAAUCCGCUGACCCAAGGUCAACGCUGUGCGUACCACAGGGUUCCCAAAUUUAAUAUUCUUCACCGUACCAAUAAAUACACUUUUAGACAGUAGAAAUUGUAAUUUAGACUUCCACAAAAUUGUAAGCAAAUUAAAAAGGGAGAUUGGCAUACCCUUUGUCAGUUAUUGUUUAGUUAUUUCAAUUUAAGAAAAUGUUAGAUCGUUUAAUAAAAAGUAAAGGCAAA